AUCAGAGAAGAAGAAACAACUCAGACAAAAUGGCGGUGGGACAAAGCUAAGUGCUGUGCUAAUGUAAACAUUCACCAACUGUAGACUGCAGCUGGAGCGACGACAAGGUUACCCGAUAGCUUUUUGACAUCGCGAAUGAGAGUUCUCUUUGGUGAAGGAUGAUGAGCCAGCGGCGUGGGAUCCAUCUGGACCAAUCAGAACUGCUUUGCAAGAAAGGAUGUGGUUUUUAUGGCAACACUGGUUGGCAGGGCCUGUGCUCAAAGUGCUGGCGAGAGGAAAAUCAGCGAGAAAAGCAAAAACAGAUUCAAGAAGACUGGGCACUUGCUGAGAGGCUGCAGAGAGAGGAAGAGGAAGCUUAUGCAAGCAGACAUCAGAAGGCCCAGUCACAACCUAUCACACCCUUCAGCAAGUUCGAGGAAAGAAAAACCAAGGAAAAGUACAGCAAAGUCAACACAGUCACAAAGUUUUUUACUCCUUCCUCAAAAACACCACCCAAAAAAGCAGAUGCUGCUCCUUUUGACACGCAGUCCAGCCCGAGCCCCAGCUCCUCUACAACCCGACAUUCCUCUGUGGACAGUGACCAGGCAACACGAGAGUUCAUUGACUUUCUCAAGCCUCUGAAGCCUGGCAGGGAGAUCUUCAAACAGUGCCGGGCCUUCACUGAGAGCAUGGUCUACAAGCGGGAUAUGGGUGCAGAUGAGCUGUCAGAGUGUGUGCAGGACUUCUACCAGAACCUCUCAGAACGCCUCCAGACCCAGUUCAGAGGUUCGUCAGACCAUGUAGAGAGCAUUAUGGAUGAAGUUGAGAAGUACAUGAUGACUCGUCUCUACAAGGAGGUUUUCUGUCCUGAGACCACAGACGAUGAGAAGAAAGACCUGGCCAUUCAGAAGAGAAUUAGAUCCUUGCAUUGGGUCACGAUUGAGAUGCUGUGUGUUCCUGUAGAUGAGGAGAUCCCUGUGGUGUCUGAUAGUGUAGUCAAAGCCAUCACCGAUGUGAUUGAAAUGGAUUCGAAGCGCGUGCCCAAGGACAAGCUGGGGUGCAUCACUCGCUGCAGCAAGCACAUCUUCAACGCUAUCAAAGUCAGCAAGAAAGAGGCUGCGUCUGCGGAUGACUUCCUCCCCACGCUCAUCUACAUUGUGCUAAAAGCAAACCCUCCGCGACUGCAAUCUAACAUCCAGUAUAUCACCCGCUUCAGCAACCCCAGCAGACUCAUGACUGGAGAGGAUGGUUACUACUUCACUAAUCUGUGCUGUGCGGUGGCCUUCAUUGAGAAGCUGGAUGGCCAGUCUCUGAACCUAAGCUCUGAGGAGUUUGAGCUCUACAUGUCGGGCCAGGCAUCCCCUCACUGGCCACAGGCCACUGGGGCUUCCUCCUGCUCCUCAGGCAGCGCGGCUCUCAAUCAGGUCCACAAACGGCUGGACCUUCUUACAGGGCUCGGGGAAAGGCAGGAGAGGGUCAUGGAGAAGGCUCGCCAGCUGGAGAGCGACCUCAUCGACUGGACGGACGAAGUGGAACAAAAGCGGAGAGAUAUCCGGAAAGAAAGAGAUGUGCGUGGGUGCGGCGGCUGUGCAUGCAGGAAAGUGCGUGUGAAUGUUAAAAGACAAGGAUGUUUCCCCGUGAACACACUCCUAAUGCUGGUUGCUUUACUCGCACAGAAGAAUCGACAUAACAUAACUGAUUGAAUUUACUUUAAAGCACUUUUCUUCUGUUUAAAGCUCUUAAUUCAGAAAUACAUUAAUGAAGGAAGUAAUGGCUACAGUCAGUUGAAAGGAUAAUUGGUGACUAACAGUGUAGACGUAUUUCAACUGUGUCUUUGUGUUUGGCAGUCAUGUAGUGGAAGGAAAUGUUUUUGGAGAGUUGUAUGUUUGUUUCCCUUUGCUACGAUUUCCUUAUGUUGCUAUAUUUAAAUGUGCAGUUGCUGAGAAAAGACUUAAUGCAAACUUAAACAAUAGCUUGAAUAACUUCAUAUUGCACUGUAUGCAGAAGCCAUUUAUCAGGUAUUUUAAAGAAGUCUAAAACAUCUUUGUAACCUUAUAGGUUUGUUAUUGUAUCACUUGGGAGAAAGGAACUAAAUACUGUCUUUUAUUUAAAUGUAACUUAUUGUGGGCAGUAUUGGUUUAUUUGUAUCUUUGGGUGUAUGUGAAAAUGCAAUCGUGUGCAAGUUCCUAUCCAUCCUGUUGUUUCACAUGACUGUCAUGAAUUUGCAAGCUAGGAUAAAGUAAAGAGUUUGACCCACUGAGAAUUUAACUAUUUAUAUAGCUCUGUAUCAUAGUGGAGAAAUGAAAAGGAUGGUAAUAAAAGUAAAAGAAAUAAAAAAAAAUUUCUGGAGAUUGAU